AUUCUAUUCGGAUAAUCUUAGAAAAAAAAUGUGACGAAGGAUAGCUACUCUAUCCAUAUAAAAGAGUGGUGUAUGAAGGGCAUGCAUCAUCACAAUUCGGGGAGAUGGAGGACAUAGAGAAGGUGAAGGCGGAGGCAGUGCAGCUGAUGGGAGUGUUCCAAGUUAUUCCUAAGCUGGUUGUUUUUGAUCUUGAUCACACUCUCUGGCCUUUCUACUGUGAGUGCCGCUCCAAGAGUGACACACCUUAUCUGUUUCCUCAAGUUAAGGGCAUCAUGCAUGCACUCAAACACAAACGGGUUGACCUUGCAAUUGCAUCUAAAUCACCAACCCCCGACAUAGCCAGAACUUAUCUUAACAAACUCAACAUCACUUCCAUGUUUGUUGCCCAGGAAAUAUUUUACAACUGGGGAAACAAAACAGAUCAUUUACAGAAUAUUCAUUCCAAGACUGGUGUCCCGUAUAACUCUAUGCUCUUCUUUGAUGAUGAUGACAACAACAUCCAAGGGGUCUCGGAAUUGGGAGUAACGAGCAUCUUGGUCACAAAUGGGGUAAACCUUGGGGCAUUCAAACAGGGACUUACAAGAUUUUCUCAGAACUGGAAUGCACCAAAGAACAAAAACAAACGGGGUAAAUAGUAAUCUGAGUAUCAACUCACAAGGCAGAUAAUUCAAAUUCAUGAAUGAAAUGUCCGGUUGAAACUUGUGUGUAUUUAACUGUGAUUUGUGAACCACACAUAUAUUAAAAUACUCUGCAUCCAUUAAUUGGAGAAUUUUAAUAUGACAGUUGCAUAUAUA